UCAUUGAGGAUUGAUUUUUUGUCAGAAAUUUUUGGAUGCUAAGUGUUCAACAUCAUUUUGAUCUUUGUUGAUUUGGCUACUUGGUGGGAAUGAAUAUGGGACAAAGAAAUAUGCUAUGCACGAGUCAAAUGUUCGACACGGAAAUUCAUCAACUUGGCCAACAUCCUCUCCAUCCUGAGCCCUGUGUUUUCUUGGGGAAUGUUGCUGACUUUCCACGCUCUAAUAUCUAUCCAGUCUUAUCUGCUUCUGGAAACACCAGUAAUAUUGACAAUGGUAUGUUUUAUAGGGCCCAAUAUAAUGGUCCACAGCAUCAUUAUCCUAUGGCAAACCUUGAUUUUGGUGGUGUUCCUGCAUCGAACUUCUAUGAUCCCUAUAUGAUACCCUCUUCUGGUAGUAGAAUGUUCCCUAUACCACUAAAUCACGGCCCUACUGAUCGUUUACCUUCUUCAAGCAACCAUGGAGUUAUUGGAGUAAGCUUGGGUGAAUAUGAAAGGAAUAAUCAUUUAAUGGAUGAUGUUAGAGGCGCAUUUAAGAGAAAGAAUGCAGAGGGCUUUCCAGGGAAUUCCCAAUAUGCCAAUGGCUCAACAAGCUCAAGUUCAUUGUCCUCAGGCACCUCCUUGAGUACAGGGCUACCCCAUUGGGAACAGCAAUUUGAAUCUGGUGCUGCUAUGCUAGAUAUUGCUUCUUUUCCUCCACCUGAAUUUGGAGGGAAUGGAGUUCUGCCGAUCACUGAAGGAGGACAACAGGGAAUCGUGCGGAGCAGAUCCAAUCCUAUUGGUCUUCAACUGGACUCCACUUUAUUGCUGGACUCCACCUUGGUGCAUAAUCAUCAUCAUUUAAUUCAGGGCAAUUUUAUUCGUCAGUCCUUUCAGCCUGGCGCGUGCGAUACCUUGGUGGAGCAACAGUUUGGGAGUAAUGGUAGAGAUGGAGGCACUUCAACCUGGAACUAUGCCCCCACUUUUCCUUACUUGAAUGGGAGAAGUGUUAGUGGAACCUCUCUGGAGAUUGGUAUUAUGGGUGCACAGGGAUACCAGGAGAUCACUAAUAGUGCAAAUUCUGCAGUUCCUUUUUAUCCUCUUUCCAUUUCACAUCAGCACAGCCUGCAGCAGCCCCGUGAUCAUCAUCAUCCCUCGCCUCCACAAGUGCAAGGCAUCCAAAGUCGCAAUUUUAGUUACCAUCCUCAAAUACCAACACCUUCAUACUGGCAUCCUACAAACAAUACCUUGCACCGCAGUAGUAUGAAUCCUUCUCAAGAUGAUACAGUGCCAGGUUCUAGGUUUCAGAGGCCCCAUCUACCCACUGGCGUUAGGAUAUAUCGACCUCACCGGAGAGCCGUGCAGCAGGCACCGCAAGAAGAUGGCCACCGCCCUCACUUGAGAAUUCUGCCUGAAGAUGAGGUUGCUAUACUGGAGUUUUCAGGAUUCGGGAAUUUCGGUGACCAUCACAGUGACAUGAGGUUGGAUAUAGAUCACAUGUCAUAUGAGGAGUUGCUUGCCCUGGGGGAACGUAUUGGCAAUGUAAAAACUGGAUUGAAAAAAGAAACUAUCAUUAGGCAUCUUAAGACAAGAUAUUAUGUGUCGCCUGCAGCCUGCAUCAAUUUGGAGGAUGAGCCAUUAGGCACAGAUCAAGAAGCUGAGACAUGCGUCAUAUGCCAGGAUGAAUUUGAGAACAUGGACAAGAUAGGAACUCUUCAGUGUGGACAUGAAUAUCAUACUAAGUGCAUAAGGAAGUGGUUGCGUGUGAAGAACGUGUGCCCAAUCUGCAAAAUUUCAGCUUUGCCUGUGGAAGGAUAAAAGAUUGGAGGAUGGAAUAUAUCCCUCUGCUACUAAUAUUUCUCUGUUUAUUAGAACUGGUGCUUUAUUGUGUAUACUUAUACAUUGGUUGAACUAUUUUUUUCUUGGGCCACCUAUAGGGUUAAGGUGUGGGUUGGGAACCUCUCUGUCCCUUCCUUCCCCAACCCCUCUCUGUCUCUAUCUUUCUAUUGUAAAAAUGUUAUUCAAUUUUCAUUCUAAGCGUUUCGCAGAAUGAACUGUAAUUAAGUAAUAAUGAAAGGAUACUUCUUUCAUCAUCUUUU